CCUGAGGCUGGGGUAUUAGGCAUCGGGCGUUGAAAAUUUGAGCUUCCUUAUUCCCUGGACAGCAAGCAAACAUUACGAUGGCUCGCGUCAAAAACCAACACACAUACACUCUGAGAAACUGUAAGGGAGGUACUGCUAUGCACCUCUCGGGUGACGAUAACUACUCCAUCUCUGGGUUUCGCCCCUACGACGGUUCCAACCAGGCGUGGAUCUUCCAGCAGCGCGAUUGCGACCAAAACGGGUGGUUCAUAAAGUCUUCUCGCUCUGGAAAAUAUCUUGGGAUUGAAGGCAACCCCAAAAAUGGCGCCCUGGUCGUAGUUGUAUCAAAACCCUUCAAGUGGGAUGUCAAAGACUCAAAUGUCAAUGGCGCUAAAGGCGUUAGGAUAUUGGUUUAUGGCACAAAUUUCAGCUUAGACUUAGACUAUGGAAAAUCAGCAAAUCACACGAAAAUUAUCCUUUGGGAAAGUGGGAAUAACGCCAAUCAGAUUUGGGCACCUACCGAGCGGGUUUCCAUUAAGGAUCAGCACACUUACAGCCUUAAAAAUUGUCGGAGAGGCACUGCUGUCGACCUCUCGGGAAAUGAUAGCUACUCCAUCAUCGGUUUUACCCCCUACGAUGGCCCUAACCAGGGGGUAAUUUAUCAUUCCGUCGCGGACAGGCUAUGCGUUGACUAGUUUCUUGGUUUGCAGUGGACCUUCCAGCGUGAUGGCGACCAGAACGGGUGGUUCAUAAAGUCUUGCCGCACUGAAAAAUAUCUUGGGAUCGAAGGCAACCCCAAAAAUGGCCUUGUAGUUGUUGCCGUAUCAAACCCCUUCAAGUGGGAUAUCGAAGACUCAGACGUCAAAAACGCUAAAGGCAUCAGGAUAUUGGUCCAUGGCACGAAUUUCAGCCUAGACCUAUCCGCCACAAAGAACACAAACAUUUGGGA